GCUGCCUUCUUCUGUACGGAAUCGUCGCUCACUGGUUCACGGGUCUUGCCCUUUUCCAUUCUCUCUCUCUCUCUCCGCUCCGCCACGAACCAUCUGGAAAGUUCCAGAGCUCUUGCCAUGGAUUUGGCCCCCUCCGCCUCCCUGUUCGGGCGGACUUCCUCGCCUCCACAGUGAGUCCAGGCACUCCCGCUUGCGCUCGGAUUUAGAAACCCUAGCGCUUCCGUGGACGGCGUGGCGACCGGCUCCUCCGCGCCGCGUACGAUGGUGACAUCUCCCAAGUCAAGAGUGUGCUCUCUCGCGCGAUCAAAGUCUCUUCAAUUUUGAUUUCCGCGCUCUGCUCUUGCUGUAUCGAGAGGAUUUGUUUUUGGUCCGGUGGUGGGUUUUGUGUUGAGGGGAAUUGGUCGGUUGAUUUGUUCACGCAGAGCUGGCGAAGUGGCUGGAGGAGGCGGGGAAGGGCGUGGAGGGGAAGGGCGUGGAAGAGGCAGGGCGGGGUGCGCUCAAGGCCUCGUGGAACAGGGGCCACGGGCCGCUCCACAUGGCGGUGUCAGCCGGGAACGUGGCGUCGUGCAACUUCCUCAUCAAGGAACUCGAGCUCAACAUUGACGCGACUGGCACCGAUGGUUCAUAACUUAUUCUUACUUUUACCUUUGAGUGGCAUUCGUCGGCUGAGUACUGGGAGGGAUGAGUUGGUUGGAUCAUGUUUUGUAGUAUGGGAAGAAGGAAGGUUUUGCUCUGAUUUGUAGGAGAAAUCGAGGGUUAAGUUUGUUACGAAAUGCCACAUCAAUGUGGCAUGCGAGGUAUGCUGGCUUAUUUGUUUGGGAGAAAAUUGUUGGAAGCUGGUUGCGGUAAUUGGUGUGAAACAAGCUGUGUAUGAUAGCAUAUGAAAUGUGGUAAUCUGUGACCAAUCUUCCUGUCUUUCCCGGUAUUUUGUGGUGCAACUGGUAUUUUAUUCAGAGGCUGCCCAGGCUGGAGUUCACCAAUCCCUCCCAAUUUCCAAUUUCCUAUCAUGAAAUAGAAGCCAGUGAGGUUGAAGGAUAGUUCAUGUGGAGAUGAUAUGAGAUCGUCGUCAGUUUCUUAUGCAUUGAUGCGAAUGGGAUUCCCCGUCUUUUUGUUGUUUCUGGAGUAAAAGAGGAAGCCUUUGUCUGCUCGAGAAAAUGUUUGCAAAUAUUUGAUUUCGGUGAAAUACAUGUUGAGUGAUGGAUAUGCAAAAUAUGAUCUAUCAAGGUAGCAUUAAGCAGUGAUGGCAUUGUGUGUCAUGGAUCUUGCCGUUUAGUUAAAACUUACACCAUGGUACACAUACACCUGUGCGACACCCCUAGUUUUUGCAAUACAUGAUAGUGGAUCUACAGCUGUUGUGAGACUUCUUCUUGACUGUGGUGCUGAUCCAAACAAAGCAUACAGUAAUGGAUGUGCUCCUCUCCAUACUGCAACAAUUCGAGGUACCAAUGAAAUUGUGGAGUUGUUAUUGUCCAAAAAAACUAAUGUUGACGCUAUGUGGGAGUAUAUAUUGCUGCCCAACAUGGAAAUGCAAGAAUGAUGGAAUUAUUGUUGCGGUAUCAGGCAAAUGUAAUAAUUUCUUUCUUCCCAGCUUUAUUUUGCUCUUCCGACCAAUAUAUGAUAUAUUAGGUAUGGUAUUCUAUCCAUGAUAAAUAACCAAAGAAUUAGCAGCUGGAAAAAUUCGUUUGGGAGUAGAAAUGUUCUUGUGUUUUCCCUCCAGCUCUAUAUAUGUGGCCUGGGAAUUGUCGGUUGAAUGCUAUUUUUUGCAUGCUCGGCUAGGCUGAUGGCUUUGUUGGCCGGCUCAAAUCUGAUGGCUUUUUUUAUUUAUUUCUUUUGUACUUCUACUAUGUAUUAGAAUGCCUGUGUGCCAGAUGAUAACACAUUUUAAAACCAUAACCAUAACCAUAUUGCAUAUUAUCCUAAUGGUGGUUUGAAUCUCAAAUUUUGGUUACGGCUCAUUUUUUAAUAUUUUUGUGACAUGAAAUUUCGGAUGUUAAAAGGUUGCGAUAGGAUAAAGCGAAAACAUUGUUUGGCUACGACUAUCUUUCAACUAUCCGGUUGGUUCCUUUUUUUCUUCUUGAAAAUUGGUCAGACUGAUUUUUUAAAAUAUAAUUUUCAUAAGCAAAACUGUUUUUUGUUAUCUUGGUUUUACUAUAACUAAACCAAAGAAGUGUUUUUCUUUGUUAUGCUUUAAAUCCAGAUACCAGAUUAAGAAAAAAAUGGUUUUGUUAAAACCUGAGAUCUAAACAACUUCUAAGGUCACUCUUGGUCAGAACAGAUUAUAAUUCAGUCCAAGCUCCUGUAUAAUGGGGCUGGGGCUUGCCUACUGUUCCUGCUCGUUGCCACCUAGUCCACACAAAUGCUUAUUUGUUGGGCCCCGUUCCUAUUGUGGAUACUGGGUAGUCUGUACAUGAGCUUACUCAUAUGUUAGUGAGCAUGGAGCAUGGGUGAGAAUGGGCAACACAGUAUAACCUUAUUACCCUAAUUUUGUUGCCGUGCUGUUUAGGGUGUUCAUUUGAUCCAUGCAGUGAGAUAGUGGCAUAAGGGGCUCCGUUGAUGAACGCUAGAUUUUACCUAAAAGUGCUGGGGUAUAAUUUUACAUCCAAUGAUACGUAGGAAAAAAUUAUUGUGGGGCACUGUGGUUUCCAUCUGCAUGUUUAUUAUUCUGCAGAGAAAAUUGAAUAAAGUGGUCAAGUCACAGAUGGUCUUUUUGGUUAAUUAUUUUACUUCUUAUAUAAAAAAUUCGUAUUGCACUGUUAGACUUCUUUUAUAGAGUACCCUUGGUCAUUUGUUUUUGUACAAGUAAUGUGUUGUUUGUCUUUUCUCCAGCCAAACCUUGAUUUAGAGCACACACCACGGAAAGCGGCAAAAUCUUCGGUCAUUCAAUCAUUACUAUAGAAAUAUUUUAGCGAGAUGUUCCUUAUAUAGACGUAUAUUUGGAUUCGUCUAUAAAAAAGUAAUACAAACAGUUUCAAAUCAUAACCGUUUGAAAAAUAACUAAAAUAGUUUCAUAAGGUAAAACGAGGUUUUAGUACAGACGAUUCUACUGUACUUUAGUAAUACAGAUAAUUACAGAUGAUAUAGUUCGCGUCCCGCUUUGCAACUGCAUACACGCAACGCCCUGCGCGUAGUUCACACGAUUCCAACUCAACUACAGCGUCCCACUUUGCACUGCAUAUCCUCCCACGACGUCUGCCUCGGAUCCGGCCGGCCGGCCGGCCCCUAGCUCCCCUAGCUCUCCUUCUAGUCCCCCGGCCCCCUACCUCAACCCUUUCUCCUACGUUGCUCGAUUUGGGGUUUGCCGCACGUAGAUCUUGCGGGUUCCGCCUGACUCGCGUGUGUCACCAUGGAAGUCGAGGAGGAGGACGAGUCCACCCACCCAACCUCCAAAACCCCGACCAAGCUACACAUCAGCUGCAUCCUCCCGCGAUUUCUUUGCAGCGGCUCGACCUCCGGCUCAUCAUCAAGUCCUGGCUCCUCGAGCCCCUGAGAGACAGCAACCUGAGCUCUUCGCGCUCGUCGCCAUGUGGAUCUCCAGCAAGGUGAUGUCGUGAGCAUUUCCUUCUGCAAACGCCCAAGCGGAGGCAGCGGCGGCGGCGUCCGAGGCCUCGGUCGGCGCCGGCGAGCAGGGAUCCUCCCCGCCGCCCCCCGCGGUGCGUGGGCGGUGGGGCCUGCUCAAAUUCGGCGCCCUCGCGGCGGUCGCUGGGGCCAUCGGCGGCGUCGGAUACGCCAGCUACGCAUAUUCGCUGGAUGAGGUGGAGCAGAAGACGCGGGAGUUCAGGAAGAAUCCAGCUCCACCCGUCGCGGAAGAUGCCUCCGAAUUCGAGUUCCGGUUGCAGCAAUAGAGCUCUACUUGGAUAUUAGGAGCACUAUUGAAGACCAGGGUUGAGUCAGGGGCUUUACUGAACCUGCAUCGGACAAACUUCUACCAGAUCUACUUCCUCGAGCCCCUGAGAGACAGCAACCCGGAGCUCUUCACGCUUGUCGCAAUGUGGAUCUCCAGCAAGGUGAUGUUGUGAGCAUUUCCUUGUGCAAACGCUAUGUGGAUCUCCUGCAUGGAUCCCAGGAAUUACUGAAAGCAAGGCCAUGUGAAGAUGCACAUUAUAAAAGGUGGUGAUCCAGAGCAGCAAAGAUUAUAAAAUCAAUGAUUACUUGAUUAGCUUACUUGGCAUUUGUAAUAACAUAUCCUUUAAUAUCAUUCUGGUGUAUAGUAUGCGAGUAUGCAACUUACAGGUAACUAGAAAUAAUUUGCAACUCGGAGUGCCAAGGUUUGAACUUUUAAAAGUUAAAGAUUUGGAUGGCCAUUCUGUUUGCGUAGCAGCAUUAGCAUUAGCAGUCAAUUAUCAAAGUAUGGGUCACAAUUUUAUUUUUUUUGGUAUUUUUUCUUAGUACAAACGAUUCUAAAUUGGAACCGUCUGUACUAAUUAUUUGUACAGACGGCUCUAAACACAAAACCGCCUGUACAAAUAAUUAGUACAGACGGUAGAAAUAUGAUUUGUACAGAUUUUUUUGCACAGACUGUUCGAAAAAGCGUCCCACGCGGGGUUUUCGAACCGUCUGUAUAAAUCAUUUCUCUAGUAGUGAUGAUAGCUGUGGAACUACUUAUUAAGGUGCAGUGACUUGUCCUGUAGAGUUGCUAUUGAUCCUCUACAAACAUAUUGCCAAGGAAACUGGACAAAUUUAACUUGUUAUUCCUUAAAGCUUUAACAAAAAAGCUGUGUUCCAGAUUCUGUAUUACAUAUUGUAUGUUGCAGGCUGGUGCUCAUGUUAAUGCUGGUGUGCCUGAAAGUCCACUGAUAGCAGCUGCAACUGCUGGCUUAACUGACUUCAUCAAGUGUUUAUUGAAAGCUGGUGCCGAUGCAAAUAUACCUGAUGAUAAUGGUAGAACACCAGUAGAAAUUGCUGCAAUCCAAGGAUGGCAGGAAUGUGUUGAGGUUCUUUUCCGUGUCACCAACCCUUUGGCUAGAGUUGCAGACUGGAGCAUUGAUGGAGUAAUUCAACAUGCAAAAUUUACAAGUUCACAAGAUCAUUUGCACCAUGAGGAUGAUGAAUCUGAUUUUGAGGCAGAAGGUGAUGCUGCAUUCUCUGAAAGGGAUUGUGCUCAUGCGUUGACUCUCUACACUGGUAAUUGUUGCACUAUACAUCUCGUAAUGGAGAUCGACCCUGAUGAUUCAACCUUAUAUGCAAAUAGGAGCCUUUGCUUUCUGCAUACAGGUGAUGAAAGCAAGGCUGUCGAAGAUGCUAAUACCUACAAAGAUAUGCAGCCAGAUUUAUCAAAAUCCCGCUACGCGCAAGGAGCAGCUCUAGAUCUGGUGAAGGAGUUUGGCGAAGCAAAACGGGAUGCCGCAAGUAUGCAUGAGCAAGGACCAUCCUUGAAGAAAGGUUGUUACUGCACAGGCAAGAAGGAUUAAUGUUUUUGUUACUGCACAGGCAAGAAGAGGUUAGUUGUUACUACUGCACAUGCAAGAUUGUACGUACUGACAGGUGAAGCAUCCGUAGAAACCUGCGGGGCUGUGUUUUUUUACUUUCUUUUGGAUCCUGCAUUUUGCAAAGAACAUGUCCAUGUUUUGUGAAGAAAAUCAAAUCUGGAUAUUAGGUGUGCACAGUGAAACUGGCGGGGCCUGCGCUUGGGUAUGAUGAACCACAAAUAGUGCUGGAAGUCUGAAAACCUUAGCCCAAGUUUUGGUGAUAUUACGGACGUUGUGAAGUUGUGAUGUAUUACUGGUGAGAUGAGAGAUAUAUGCAAGGUUGGAUCUGGUGAGUAUCUUGUAUGGUGGAUA